CAAACUUGACCAUAAAUUGAAGCAACAAGUAAUAUAAAAAAAAGGGGGAAAACAUGUGUUUGACCUAAAUUCUGUUCUUAAGUUUGUUUUGAUGCACUUGAAAAUGAAACAGAAACCCAGCACACAUGAAGAAGCAUGAGCUUUCAGUUUGCUUGCAUUCACUGUAGUUUCCAUAAAUAGAGUUGUAGCACUUCACUUUCAGUUAUUGCAUGGAGGAAUAGGAUUAUCUUUGCUUUACUUUAUAAGUUGUUGCUUUGUAGGAUUUUGUUAGUCCGUUUAGAGUUUAAACCAGUUUAAUAACCCACCAAACCAAACUAAACGCUGCUGCUGCUUUUAUCUUAUUUACCUUUUGUAUCUCCUUUGAGAUCUCAGGCUAAGCUGUUUCUGCUUCUCUUUACCCUUCUUCAACAGAGGCAAGAGUGUAGUAUCUUUUUGAAAUUUUUGUAUCUUCUUACAUCUAAGCAAUGAGGGAGCAGUUAGGAUUGCUAAAAGUUACUGUUGUGCAAAGGAAAAAAUUGGUUAUCAGGGAUUUCAAGACUAGUGAUCCUUAUGUAGUCGUCAAGCUGGGCAAUCAGACAGCAAAGACCAAGUUUAUCAAUAGUUGUCUAAAUCCAGUAUGGAACGAAGAGCUAAGUUUCUCACUCGAAGAACCCGUUGGAGUUCUAAGUUUGGAAGUAUUUGAUAAAGACCGUUUUAAGGCAGAUGACAAGAUGGGACAUGCUCACCUCAACCUUCAACCAAUUGCAUCUUCUGCUAGAUUGAAGCAGUUUGUUACCAAGGUUUCUUCAGCCGAGACAAUUUUAAGGAAGAUUGUUCCUGAUACCGACAAUUGUCUUGCUCGUGAAAGCUCAAUUAGUUGCAUAAAUGGUGAAGUGUUGCAGAGUGUUUGGUUGAGGCUCUGUGCAGUCAAGUCGGGGGAGAUAGAACUAAAGAUUAAGUUAAUUGAUCCUUCUGUUGCUUCGUCGAAGUAGUGCAGAACUAAGAUUGUUGUAGGAGUAGGCUUUAAUGACGCGGGGGAUAGGGGAAGUGCAUCUGAAGGCAAAAACUAGUUGUUUUGACCGCGUGUUUUGAAGUAGUUUUCAAGUGUGAUGAAAGCAGUUCAGAAAGGCAUCUGUUUGUGACUGAAGUGGAUUUUUCUAGUAAUUUAGCCUUGAGGUGAUGUGCACUCCCCGUUUGAUUCCUUGAGCUCAGGAUCCUGGGGAGAGCUCUGCCAUUGCUAAUCUAUGAUGCACUGUAGACCUAAAUCAUGUAUAAUCAGUGUAUCCUUCCGAAGAAUUACAGAAUGAUGAACAAUGACCAAUUUUGGACUAAUUAAGGGGUUUAAGUGUGUU